CCACCCCCUCUAUCUAUCUAUCCAUCCCCAGCCACCCCCUCUAUCUAUCUAUCCCCAGCCACUGUCCCUCUUUCCAAAAACACACCUCCAUCCAUCCUGUAGCCUCUCUAUCCACCCACUGCCCCAGCCUCCAUCCCCACAAACAGCUCCCCCCACUGCUCCCUGCCCACCUCGGCCGCCCCUUCCUGCCAGCCAUGCACAAGACCCGCGACCUGCGGGAUGACCUCCCGGAGGAUUUUUUCAUCCCGGUGCCUCUGGACACAAACAAUCUGACGGCGCUGAGCCCGUUCCUGGUGCCGCAGACACACCUGGGCAGCCCGGCCAUCUUCAUGGGCAUGUCGGCCUUCAUGUUCCUGCUCAUUGUGCUGGGCGUGCCCAUCAACGUCCUCACCGUCUUCUGCACCGCCAAGUACAAGAAGCUGCGCUCCCACCUCAACUACAUCCUGGUGAACCUGGCGGUGGCCAACCUGCUGGUCAUCUCCGUGGGCACCACCACGGCCUUCUAUAGCUUCUCCCACAUGUACUUCGCCCUGGGCCCCAUGGGCUGCAAGAUCGAGGGCUUCACUGCCACGCUGGGGGGCAUGGUGAGUCUCUGGUCUCUGGCCGUCGUGGCCUUCGAGCGAUUCCUGGUGAUCUGCAAACCCCUGGGGAACUUCACCUUCCGCGGCAGCCACGCCAUCAUUGGCUGCCUCCUCACCUGGGUCUUCGGCCUCGUGGCCUCUGCACCCCCCCUCUUCGGAUGGAGCCGGUAGGGACAGCGGGGGGAGCCGAG